AAAUUUCUGUCGGCUGCGGGCUGUCAAUGUCAUAAUUAAUGUUGAUUCUAUUUUUUAUUUAUGAUCGUACAAUUGUUAAGAAUUUAUACAAUUUAUUAACUUAGGCAUUCAAAGGUGUAUCGUUAUACAUUAUGAGUUUUGGGCGGUUAAUAAGUAAUUUGACUAGGCCAAGUGUAUUUUUAAACAAAUAUCGCUUAGCAUCAUGUUGGUCGUGUGGGAAAGAUCAAACAAGUCUCAUAUCAAACUUAUUCUGCUCGAACUGCAAGGCACUUCAGAAACCCGAUGAUAAGGAAAAUUAUUUUAAACUAAUGGGCAUAAAUGAAACAUACGAUUUAGACGAAACUGAUUUGGCAAAAAGAUACAAAGAACUACAAAAAUAUUUACAUCCAGACAAAUAUGCCAAUAGGGAUACCAAGGAACUAGAAAUAUCUGAAAAAUAUUCAUCAUUAGUUAAUGAAGCCUAUAAGACAUUGUUAGAACCAUUAGCAAGAGGUAUUUAUAUGUUACGCUUAAGAGGGAAGGAAAUACCUGAAAGCACAGAACUAGAUAGUGAGUUUUUAAUGAAGAUCAUGGAAAAAAAUGAGGAGGUGGAAAAUGCUGAAACAGAAGAUAAAAUUAUGAAGCUAAAUAAAGAGAAUAAAGCCAUUAUUAAAGAUCUACAGAAAAGAGUCUCAACUGCAUUUUUUGAUGGUGAUUUAAAAAGAGUAACAAAAUUACUUGGAGAAAUGAAAUAUUACACCAGUAUUGAUAAUCAAAUACAAGCUUCUAUACGAAGCAAAGGGAUAAUAAGAUAAAAUUGAAAAUAGAUAAUUUAUUUUGUUAUUAUCAAUGUACAUAAAAUUAUAUUUAGAUGUUGACAUGUUGUGAUAUA